AUGGGCCUCCUCGAUGAAAGCCAGAAAUCCUCACUGAGAUCCUACAAGAGAAAAGGACUACUUGAACCAGCGUUUCCAUCGAAGCGUGCAUUAUACCUCUGUGGUCUGGCGCAUCACUUGCUCUGCAGACCUGUGAUUAGUAGCAUGCAUUUUACUUUUCUUCAUGGAGAUUACAUAAGACCCAUCCUCCUGGUUAGAUCAGCUGAUAAAGACCUGCAUUCUGUGACGUUGCGCCUUUAUGUCUGCAUCCCAGCUGAUUUCUUUAAGCCUUCUCGUUUCCAUAUAUGCAGGAACAAUAUUCGGAGUGCUUGGUUCCAAGGAUGGGAGAAUGCUACACAAGAAAUCAGUGAGCCACCCACUCCCCACUACAAUAAUGGUAUAUUAAGGGAAGCUUUAAUAGAAGCUCAUCUUACCUUUCUUAAUGCUGCUCUUGCUGACUUUCCAGGCUGUAAAGAAGGUAUUAUGUUGCUGAAAAUAUGGUUGCGGCAAAGGAAGCUUGAUCAGGGUUUUGGUGGCUUUACAGGAUUCCAUGUUUCCAUGCUGGUGGCAUACCUUAUUUCCAGAAAUCAAAUAAGCCCUGUGAUGAGUUCCUAUCAAGUCUUGAGAAGUGUUCUGCACUUUCUUGCAAUCACAGAUCUGACAGUAAAUGGCAUCACACUGGCUACAAACCCUAACAGUUUGGGGCCCACCCUUUCAGAAUUUCACAGUGCAUUCCAAGUUGUCUUCAUUGAUCCUUCUGGAUUUGUAAAUGUUUUUGCUGCUAUGACAACCAGCCGAUACAAACAGGUGCAACAUGAGGCUCAGCUCUCAAUGCAGGUUUGGGAUAACCCCAAUUUUGAUGGGUUCCAUGCUCUCUUCAUGACAACCAAAACACUUGUACGGAGCUUUGAUCAUGUUUUCCAGUAA